UGAUAGAUAAGGAUGGCAAGUGGGUAGGGUCUAAGACCAUCUCUCUCUCUCUCUCUCUCUCUCCCUCUUCUCCUGUGUGCAAUGAAGACUAGUCUCUUCUGCGAGUUUGAUGGAAAGUUAUGAAGACAUUUUACAGGUUUUGUAAUCUUAUGUAUAUUUUGUUCAAAAUGAGAGGAUUUUGAUGCUGUUUUUUUCAUUAUUGAUUUUCUUUGAACUUUUCCAGCGUUAAACUCCGGUGAUUUCAAAUUUUCUUCUCGUCUUAUUUUGCUCUUUAACUUGCAAAAUUUGUGGGCUGCAAUUCCAAAAUAUUCUCUUUUCAAGGAAGAAAAACAAAACCCUUCCUAUUUCAUUACCUAUAUGAUUCAGUAGGGUGUUAUUCAAUCAUACUUUGUCAUACAUAUAAAGAUUAACACAUGUUUAUUGGAUUAAUAGCAUUUUUAGUCUUUCUAUCAGAUUUGAUAGCAAAAAGACAGGAAAAUACAGUAAAAGAUUAUCUCCCACAAAAUUGGCGAUCGAGUUCUUUUUCUCUCUAUAUAUAUGGAUGCAGAUCAUGGAUCUUGGCUGCAAGGAGCUAAAGCAAUUUGGUCAAUAAAAAUGGGCCAAGAACUCAAGAAGAAUGGGGCAAUAAGUGUCACCCUCUUUUUAAUAAUCUUCAUCAUCAGUGCCCUUAUUGCCAUCAGUUGGGUAGACAUAUCUAUUUUUCCAGGUGCUUCAUCUCAGAAGGCACUUAUAACCUCAGCAGAAAGUCCCAAUAGUACACAAAAAAACAAUGGAUACUCACUCAACUGUUCCACUGAUCAAAACACCACACAAACAUGUCCAAAAACUUACCCGACACGACACGAACCCGACUAUUCAUCAUCAUCAUCCGAGGCCUGCCCGGAAUACUUCCGGUGGAUCUAUCAAGAUCUAGAGCCAUGGAGGAAAAGCAACGGAAUUUCCAAGGACUUGGUGGAAAGUGGAAAAUCUGUUGCAGACAUUAGAAUUGUGGUUGUGAAUGGAAGGGUUUAUAUGGAGAAAUAUAGGAGUGUUUUUGGAACAAGAGAUGUGUUUACAGUGUGGGGUAUAUUGCAGCUUCUCAGACUGUACCCGGUGAAGUUGCCGGACUUGGAUUUGAUGUUCGGAUGUGGCGACCGACCAGUGAUCAGAAAAAGGGAUUACAGGGGGGUGAAUGCCGGAAAAGCACCGCCGAUGUUCCAUUACUGUGGUGAUGAGUCGUCGUUGGACUUGGUUUUCCCUGACUGGUCCUUUUGGGGUUGGCCUGAGAUCAAUAUAAAGCCAUGGGAGUCUUUGAUAGAAGAACUGGAAGAAGGAAACAAUAGGACUAAGUGGGUGGAGAGAGAACCAUAUGCUUACUGGAAAGGGAAUUCCAGACUUAGCAAAACCAGAAGAGACCUCAUGAAGUGCAAUCUCACAGACAAACAAGACUCGAAUGCUCGGUUAUAUACUCUGGCGUGGAACCAGGAAUCAAGAAAAGGGUUCAAGCAUACAAAUUUAGCCGGCCAAUGCGUGCAUAGAUACAAGAUCUAUGUAGAAGGAGUUGCAUGGUCUGUGAGCGAAAAGUAUAUACUUGCCUGUGAUUCUAUGACUCUGCUCGUGAAUCCCCGUUACUAUGAUUUCUUCACAAGAAGCUUGAUACCUACUGUCCACUACUGGCCAAUAAGCCAAAAUGAUAAGUGCCGAUCGGUUAAAUUCGCAGUUGACUGGGGCAACAGCCAUCCAGCCAAGGCACAAGAGAUUGGAAAGGAAGGAAGCAAAUUCAUCCAAGAGGAGUUACAGAUAGAGCAUGUGUAUGACUACAUGUUCCACUUGUUGAAUGAAUAUGCAAAGCUCUUGAAGUAUAAACCCACUGUACCUCCAGAAGCUGUUGAAAUCUGUUCAGAUACAAUGGCCUGCAAGGCCAAAGGAUUAGAUAGGGACUUCAUGACACAAUCCAUGGUGAAGAACCCUUCCAAUAAAAGAGCGUGCACUAUGCCUCCUCCUUAUAAUGUUUCUGAUCUUCAAGCUUUUCUUGAGAGAAAAGCAAAUUUAAUAGAGAAAGUGAAAAUGUGGGAAGCAACAGGAAAUUUCAGUGGCUUUCAGUUCUGAUCAGAUCAACUAAAUAGAGAAAUGAAUUUGGAAUCCUCGCCCUGUAAUCUCUAUGGGCAAUUUUUUGUAGCUCAAGUGAUGAUGAGUAGUAAUUUGGACUUACAAAACGAAUAAACUGCCAUAGGUACUGACGGUGAUAUUUGGUAAAGUUGAUGAUUAUGAUUUGUUGCAAAAUGCUGUAAAUGUACUUCUUCAUAUGGGAUUUGACACACAUGCCAUAGAAUUGAGCACAUCAUACCAUGUCAUGGAACACCACUUUUCUUUUCUUUUCUUUUUUC